AUGGGGUCGGAUUCUGGACGUGACCGCGGUCCGAACUUCCCCAACGGCUCUGGUCACGGUGGUGCCAGAGACGAGGAAGAGAACCCGUUCAUAGCUUUCCGUCGUUAUGCUGAUAGGCAGCUUUCAACUCUUCUCCGAUCAAUGGUUGGGCUUCCGUCCGCUGUCCUUCCUCCCUCGGCAAAAGACUGGCUUGGCUUGAAUGAUGAAGAGCUGAGGAGGGUGUUAAACGCUCGCCUAGACGGCUCAGAUAACGAUCGUUAUCGCCACAAGUGUCAUGAUUGCAAUUCCAGUGAUGACUCCCCCAGGCCUCGUGGGGGAUACGAUGAUAAGUUCCCCAGAGUGAACACACCCGGUUUUUAUGGAGAUGAUCACCCCAGCUCUGAACAAAAACGAAAACGCGCGAGUCAAUCGUUCCCGGCUUCAGCCUUCGACGCGUUAUUUGAUAGCGCGUGGCCCACUGACCCUGCUUUUCUAUUCCGAGAUCUGGCUCACUUUCACGGGCCGUUUAUAUUCGAUUUUAUGGCCCCCUCAACGUCCGCUGGCUGGCCAAUUUCUUACCUUAUGUUUUCCCCAUACUCACCCCUACAGUUGGAACGUCAACGGCAGUUACGCCAGCGAUACCAAGAUCAUACUUUAUCCUCCUGGUUUGGCUCUCUGGCACUCACCCAUGAGCCCCGAGAUCCCAGAGAGCCCCGCUGGCGGGAAGCUUUUGAAGAUUUACUUCGGAUCGAGAAUGGAAAAGCUAUGCUUGAUAGAGAUUCUCGGGAUGAGCGUACUAAUGAAUCUGGCAAAGAUUGGUUUUCAGGCUUGAUAAAGCGCGGCAGUCUUGGUGAUGGCUGGUCCCAUGUAAGUCAGCCAGAUGGCGAAGGGGAUUACUUCAAAUUUUUGUGUACAACCUCCAAUGACACCUCUACUGGACACGAAGAGGUGUCUCGGAAACGUCUGGGAAACGAGGAUGGUCGGCCAUUUUCAGAACUUGACCUAUACGACAACUUCCUCCAUAAAGUUAACCAUGGUCCAGACAUUUCCCAGUCCAGCCCAUUGCUAAGAGCAAUACUAGAAGAGCGCAAACGGCAGCGCCAGGAGCUUGAGGAGCUGCAGCUUCAAUGGAAAGAAAUGUUCCGUGAAAAGGAAAUGGAACGUGCAGAUGAUCACAGAGCUGUUUCCGAUGUAGCCCGCUUUGAAAGCAAGACGCAACAAUCUCAAGCGUCGCAGGCUGAUGAAGGUUUACCCGAGUCGAUAGUUUCCAGUAUCACCACUACUCAACGACUGAUGCAGCCCGAUGGGUCAGUAAAGACCAAAAUAAUUGUCAGCAAGCGCUUUGCUGACGGACGAGAAGAAAACACUGAAACAGAAGAAGUCACAAGAAAUAGUCAUUUGACUGUCGAUGAGAGUAAUCAGGUUAUGGCUACCGGGGACGACAAGCAACAUAGUACGCCAAAUGGCGGGAACAAGCACAGUGGUGGCUGGUUCUGGCAAGAGUAA